UUCAUACAGACUUAUUCACCCGACAGCAGCUAACAUUCUCUACAGGCUCUCAAGCUCUCUCUAAAACAUUUCCCUUCACAGAGAGUUGUGAAAGGUCACAGAGGUAGGCCAACUAACCUUUGACCUCUUGUCGUGCGUGGGCUCCAUGGCAAUGGUCUUCUCGGCAGAACAAGUGGCGUGUGUGUGCGAGGUCCUGCUGCAGAGCGGACGCAUGGAGAGCUUGACUGGCUUCCUCCGCACUCUUCCCCCCUCUUCCUCCUCUUGCCUGGGGGGUCUGGAGAGCGUCCUGAAGGCACGGGCUGCAGUGGCCUUCCAUCUGGGGCGCUUCUCCGACCUCUACGCCCUCCUGGAGGGCUUCCCCUUCUCCAAUCGCAGCCACCCCCUGCUGCAGCAGCUCUGGCUGAGGGCUCACUAUCUGGAGGCUGAGUGCCAGAGAGGGCGCCCCCUUGGGGCUGUGGGGAAGUACCGUGUACGCCGUAAGUUUCCCCUGCCAAGAACCAUCUGGGAUGGAGAGGAGACCAGCUACUGCUUCAAGGAGAAAUCCCGGAGUGUGCUGCGGGAGUGGUAUUACCAUAAACCGUACCCUUCACCACGUGAAAAACGAGCGCUUGCGGCAGCCACCGGUCUCACCCCCACCCAGGUGAGCAACUGGUUCAAGAACAGACGGCAACGGGACCGAGCAACUCACCGUACUACCGGGGAACAGGAAGGUUGUGGACCACUUAUUGGCUCCAACAGAACCCCAGGAGCAGCAUACCCCUCUGACAAUGACCUUUCAUCUCCAGGCACCCCCAGUCCCCCCUUCUCCUGCCCCCAACCCCCACCUCUGAGUCAUAUGGGUGGGGGACAACUCUGAAUCUUUCCACUACCUGAGCCAUCAUGUAUAGUAUGUUCACUUCAGAGGCAAUACUAUUCAGGUGUCUAGCCAGAAAUGUGAGAGAACAAUCUUUUUUAGUAACUUAGCUCUGUAGUUUCGUGACACCCUUAAUUUUUGAUAAAGUGUUUAAAUCUGAAAAAAAAUAAAAUUCAGUUUAAUAGAAAAGUUGUCACCAGACCUAAUCAUUGACACAAGCAUAUGUAAAUAAACAAUGUUUAAAAAGCA